AGAGAUCCUACAGAGACAUUUUAACAACUUUGUGUGAAUUCUUACACCUCGUGGUGAAAUGUUUUAAUUGAGACUGCCUCGGUUUGGCUUACUAAUUAAAGCCAUUCCCCGGUAUUGGCUGCAAUAAGCGCAUGCAGAACAACUUCGGGGAUAUAUACUGUACAGCAUAUAUAUUGCCGUCAUACAUUUCAGACAAUUUUGCAUCUUAAAAGUUAACUGGCAGAGUAUAGCUUGGUAUCUUCGCUUGGAUGACUAGAGAAACUUCGGACACGCUUCACGUUUAUUUCAAAACCAUUCCCGCCGGUCAUCGCGCGCUCUUUGGCUUGUUGGUGUUCUGACUGCCCGGGGCCGGCAUCUGAACUGGAGAAACAGACUAUAGUGGGUCUCGUGUAGUCGAAAAUGGAAGAACUAGCCCGUGAGAGUAUCUGCCUGCUGGCAAGAUCUGCGUCGCACGCGGACCCCCCACGCCUUGGUUCGUUCGGUGCCAUCUUCAUCAUGCUGAAGUCUGCCCUGGGUGCGGGGCUGCUCAACUUUCCAUGGGCCUUCGAGAAAGCUGGGGGAAUAAACACAGCUGUCAGCGUGGAAAUGGUGUCACUGGUGUUCCUAAUUAGUGGACUGGUGAUCCUGGGCUAUGCCUCCUCAGUUAGUAGACAGAACACCUAUCAGGACGUGGUGCGGGAGGUGUGUGGAGGCGCGAUUGGCCAGCUGUGUGAGGUCUGCUUCUGUUUCAACCUCUUUAUGAUCUCUGUGGCCUUCCUGGUGGUGGUGCAGGACCAGCUGGAAAAACUGUGUGUAUCCCUGUAUGAUGCUGUGACUGGGUCCAGCGAGGUGGAGAUGCCAUAUCACUGGUAUACAGACCAGCGCUUCGCCCUUUUUCUCAUGUGCCUCAUCUUCAUCCUCCCCCUCUCUAUUCCUAAAGAGAUUGGCAUACAAAAAUACACCAGUGUGUUGGGCACCCUAGCAGCUACAUACCUCUGUGUGGCUGUUAUUGUAAAAUAUUACUUAAUGGAGGACCAUACAGCCAUCAUCACCCCAGAGCACAGCCAAGGCAUAGGCUCAUGGGCGUCGAUGUUCAGUGUUGUGCCCACCAUCUGUUUCGGCUUUCAGUGCCAUGAAGCCUGUAUUGCCAUUUAUAGCAGCAUGGAGAACAAGAAACUCUCCCACUGGGUGGUCAUCUCCGUCAUAUCUAUGUUUUUCUGCCUGCUCAUCUACACUCUUACAGGUGUGUUCGGCUUCCUGACAUUUGGACGCGUUGUAGCAUCUGACAUUCUUAUGUCAUAUCCUGGAAAUGAUGUUGUCAUGAUCAUUGCCAGACUCCUGUUUGGAAUCUCAAUCAUCACUAUCUAUCCCAUUAUUCUACUACUGGGCAGGUCAGUGAUCCUGGACCUGAUGCAGCGUGUUCAGCGCCGGCGUCAUGGUGUGGUCACACAUUCCUUUGAGAGACGAUGCAGAGUGAUUCUUACGGUGGUCUGGAUCACCAUCACGCUCCUCAUCGCCAUGUUUGUUCCUGACAUGAGUGAGGUCAUCGGGGUCAUCGGAGGGAUCAGCGCUUUCUUCAUCUUCAUCUUCCCCGGUCUGUGUCUCGUGUUCCUCAUGCAGUCAGAACCUGUGUCUCACAGAGUUCGGGUGGUACUGACAGUGUGGGGUGUGGUCACUAUUGUGGUUGGAGCCUUCAUCUUUGGACAAAGCACCACAAUAGCCAUCAUGGAGCUCUUCCAGAAGUUCUGAUCAGCAGCAGGAGCAGCUUUAGGGGGUGUAUAAUGUAUAGUAUAUAUGAUAUACAGUAUUAUUUCAUAUAGUGUAUGACAUAGCACACCAUAUAGUAUGCUAUAUAGUAGAGUUAAAUGUGACAUCUUAUAAUUACAGGAUUGUUUCUAAUGGAAAAGGAGUGCACACACAAGCUGUCAAUUGAGCAUGUUUAGGUUAUUGUUUUACAAAUGUAUGUUUUAAGUGUGCUAUAUUUUUUGUCUGGGUUGGAAAAAAGGGGCUCAAUUAAGUCAAUUGUGCUUGUGUUCUUUACUCAGCAGGGUCCAUUACAGUUUGAUUACUGCAGCCAGGGGGCAGUGUUGCACAGGGAGACUCUUCUGGUCUCUGUUCUCAAGAUAACUCAUGUUCUCAAAGAACUGAUUCUGAAUUCUCUUUAUUUAGAAACACAAUAAAACGCAACUGCACAUUGCCAUUGAUAAACAAACAUUUUAUUUCAUAAAUUAUAUGGUAUGGAAUAGUAUAAUGUAGUGUAAUGUACAAUAGUGUAAAGUAGUGUUACAGUGCAUACUACACAGUGUAGUGUAAUGUGACACACUACACUACACUGACGUAGAGUAUUUUAAAAUGUAUUGUC